CCGCCGCGGAUGCCACAGUCGAAACCGACAUCGGCCACUGCCUCCGGAUCUGGAGGCGUGGAGAAGAAUCCUAGGAGAACAGCAAAGAGCCGCAACGGCUGUCAAGUCUGCAAAAUCAAGAGAAUGAUAGNNCUGAAAUGCGACGAAACCCGGCCGAUGUGGCUGACACCUUGCUUUACAAGGNCCUGUGACAAUUGCACCAAGCGCGGUUAUGACUGUCCCGGAUACAGAAAGGCUUUGAAAUGGUCGACAAAGUAUGAAGUCUUACAACCUGAUGAACCCGACAGCCAAAAGACAUUCCAUCCUUCUGUGGAGUACCAUUUCUCCUCUAUCGACCCAGUAACUUUUGGCCAAGCGUCCACUCUCUCUACCGAAGAGACAGCAGAAAGUUCCGAUGGCUAUCGGGAAGUUUCUGAAGAGAUAGUGCAUCCCACAGUAGUGUCGUACGUUUCACAGCCUCAGGGUGUUGUAGGAUUAGAACCACAGGGAUCCCAUUGCGCUUGGCCUCAGCAAUGGUCAGGCUAUCCUGAUGCAGGACAUCAGCAAACCGUGGUCUCAUAUACCCCCGAUCGUUCAGUACAUCAAACCAGCGAGAACAGAGAAGUCAAUGAUGAGAUUUCAACGAUACGGCAACAGUGUCACAACAGCCCAGAGGAAAUGGCUCAGUGGAAAUCACUGCUUCGAGCUUACUAUCGCAUGGCCACUCCUACCAUAUCGCGAUCUCUUCAAAACGAUAGCACAGGACUAGUUGAGCAUUACUUCCGCGACAUUUGCGUCCUGUAUUCCUCAUUCGACUCGAAGCUCAAUCCGUUCCGCACUGUCAUAGGCAAGUUAUGGGAUAGUUCCAACUCGAUCUUCUACGCAAUUCAGAGUAUGGCAGCUGCACACUUAGCCAACCACAACCCGGGAAUGGAAGUCCAGGGCCUGCAGAUGCAACGAAAAGCAUAUGAAUGCCUGCAACACGAGCUACAGCUAGCACAUGUCAAUCAGCAAGUAGACGACAGACUUCUGCUUACAGUACUACUAUUGGGUAUGAGCUCGCCAUGGCAUGAGGCUGGCGAUUUAGGAAUGGCUCAUCUCAAUGCCGCAAGAGGACUCAUAUACCCCAGACUGCUUCGGGAUAAGGGUGACCAGACAGAGGAAAUGGCAAGAAACGACCAAUUCUUUGCCGAAGCCCUCAUAUAUUGGGAAAUGUGUGUUGCUUUUGUGCACAAAGAGCCAAUUACCUUAGGCCGUGAGAAACCCAGCAACGAGACAAACUACAAUGAGGCCCGAACAAUAGGCACGAAAGUGAUGCCACACCCCUGGACAGGUGUAGGACCCAGAGCACAAGUCCUCUUCGCUGAGGUCGGCCGACUGGUUCGCAAUUACCGAGCUAUAUCGUCACCACUCUCGUAUGGAGCAACAAGUGAGCACGUGGACCCUACCAAUAUCAUCACUGCAGCCAUGGAGUUUGAAGAAGAACUGCUUGGUAUACGUUGGCCAGCCGUCGACGACCUUAUAGACGUGCAAGAUCAAUUCACGGGCAAGCUCGAUUUCAUCAUGAUCGCAGAAUCGACUCGUUGUUCGGCUCUACUAGAAAUCUAUCGAGUCUUUCCUAAUAUCUUGCGCAACCGACUGCUCAAGAACGCCGAUGUUACUGGAACCUCGAGUCAAUNNUUUUUCUUUCCUUUUUGCGGAACGCUGCUUCACCAUGACCCUCACGAUCCGACGACAUGGUUGGUAUCACUAGCACGACAUAUUUUGCUGGACUUGAUUGGCAGCAUAUCGCCGACUUCCGGUACACGGCCACUUCAACUACUUAUUCUAUUGACAGCAACCGCUGAGCUUCGGUUGUCUGGACCCUCAACAGCAUUCUCUCUCAACGUUUUACGUGCCAGAGAUCUUGCCAUGACUAGGCUGGAAGAGCUCUCCACGCGGCUGCCUUCGAAGCCUGUAUUCAUGAUCAUCAAGCUUAUAAAGGAAGUCUGGCGUCGUUUCGAUAUUGGCGAUGAUAGUGUCUUCUGGCUCGAUGUCAUGCACGAGAAUGGCUGGCAAACCGUCAUAGGCUAG